UUACCCAAUUAAUCGGGGUUUGGGCCGAUGAAAUUUGAUUAACCCGGCCCAUUUAGAACCCAUAAUUAUCCUGAAUCAAUCUCGGGCAACCCUAUAUAAAAGCCGUAGACGCAACAAUUCCCCACUCACACGCAUUCUAUCGUCUCAUCAUAGAAGAUUGCUUUUUUCCUCUUUAGCGCGCUUCCAAACCCUAAUCCCUUUUUCUCUCCCAAUCGAAUUAAUUCGGAUUUUUAGGGUUCCAAUCAAUCGUCGAUCGACUCCUAUCCGAUCAUAAACCUGAUUUUAAUCGGUGGAGAAACUGUUAAAUUGAUGAGCGUGAGCCGUUACUCCCUGCUCUCCUUGUUGAUUUCGCGUUCUAUUCUCAACAAUUAAUCGAUCGAUUCACGGCGUUUCGGCGAAGUACACGAUAUUCAAAGUUAGGGCUUUUUCCGGACAUUCGUCGAGGAUUUGCGGCAGAGAGAGUUUCCAUCGAGUCGAGGAGGCGGUGCUGCGGCGGCGUCAGGAGGAGGAGAGGGAUUUGUGGUCAUCUUCUCCGAUCUACCGGAUCUGCAUAAUUUCGGGUCGAUUGGUGGAAUUUGAUCGGAAUACAGAUAUUCGAUUGUCUUUGUGGAAGUCAGAAGAAGUUCUCUGAAUUUGAUUGUUCUGGAGUCCUUGGAGGAUUAGAAGACAAAUUAGUCGGUUUGAUUAAUUUUUGUUAAUUUAUUGCUAAAAGUAAAAAAAAAAGCAGAAAAAGAAAGAACUUGUUGAGUUUUCAUUGUACUUGUGUUAUAAUUAUUUUGGUUUUUUAGUUGAAUGCCAGGGGUUUUAUUUUGUACUACUUGACGGCCUCUAUUUCUGGUUGUGGUUGUUUCUCUCUGUUGAGAGAAAGGAAAGAUAUAAAAAAAAAUAUUGAAAAAAAAAUAUGGCUGUUUAUUAUAAAUUUAAAAGUGCAAAAGAUUAUGAUUCAGUUGCAAUCGACGGCCACUUUAUACCGGUGGGACAGUUGAAAGAAAAAAUAUUUGAAUUAAAGCAUUUGGGCAAGGGUACUGAUUUUGACCUCGUUGUCACCAACGCCCAGACUAAUGAAGAGUACCUUGAUGAAGGAAUGUUAAUUCCCAAAAAUACGUCAGUUUUAAUACGCCGAGUUCCUGGACGUCCUCGCAAGCCAAUAGUUACUGCACCCGUUAUUGAACAAGAGCCAAAAAUGGAGAAUAAUUCUGAUGAUGUUCAAGCUGUAAAAGGUAGCUUUGCUGGAGCAGAUUCAUCUGCCAUGAAAUAUGCUGAAGAGUUAGAUUGGGAUGAAUUUGGAAAUGAUCUUUAUGCAAUUCCUGAAGCUGUACAUGUCCAAUCGAGCAUUCCAGUUCAGGACGCCCCACCUGUUAGCAGAGAGGAUGAGGAGAGCAAGAUCAAAGCUCUAAUCGACACUCCCGCUUUAGAUUGGCAGCAUCAACCUUCUGAUGCUUUUGGCUCUGGUAGAGGUUUCGGACGGGGUAUGGGUGGAAGAAUGAUGGCUGGACGUGGUUUUGGUCGAGGUGGAUUUGAGAAGAAAACUCUACCACCGGGCUACGUAUGUCACAGGUGCAAGGUGCCUGGGCAUUUAAUUCAGCACUGCCCGACAAAUGGUGAUCCCAAUUUUGACAUCAGAAGAGUCAAACCUCCUACCGGGAUUCCAAAAUCGAUGUUGAUGGCUACUCCAGAUGGCUCCUAUGCAUUACCAAGUGGAGCUGUUGCAGUUUUGAAGCCAAAUGAGGCUGCGUUUGAGAAAGAGAUUGAAGGAAUGCCGACCUCGCGUUUUGUUGGUGAUCUUCCACCGGAACUGCACUGUCCACUUUGUAAAGAAGUGAUGAAAGAUGCUGUCCUUACCAGCAAGUGCUGUUUUACUAGCUUUUGUGAUAAAUGCAUACGAGAUCACAUCAUGUCCAAAUCUAUGUGUAUCUGUGGGGCCACAAACGUUCUUGCAGACGAUCUUCUGCCCAACAAGACGUUGAGGGAUACUAUUAACCGAAUUAUGGAAUCCAAUAACAACAGUGGCGAAAAUGGUGGGAGUGCAUUUCAAGUCCAAGACAUGGAGUCACGCAAUCCACAGGCGAAGGUUCCAUCUCCCACACAGUCUGCAGCCUCAAAAGGACAACAAGUCCAUGCUCCACCGCCCCAAGUUGAGGAGACUUCAAAGAUUGAGGAGACUGCUGAAGAAAUUAAAUCCGCCAAUUUACCACUGAAUCAGGGGACAGAGAGAACUACUAAAGUUCCUGAUGUUUCAGAAGCUACACAUGACUCGAGAAAUGUCAAGGAAGCAGUGUCACAAGGAAGUGCUCCCUUGGCUGAUGAAGAGGUGCACCAGAAACCAAUUUCUGGAGAAGCAGGAAAGAAGAAGAAGAAAAAGAAAAUCCGCAUGCCUCCUGGUGCUGCAGAGAUGCAAUGGAGAGGUGGCCCAGAACUCGGACCUGAGAAUUACAUGAUGCCAAUGGCUCCUGCGCCUGGUUUUAAUCCUUAUUGGAAUGGGUGCAUCCAGCCUGGAUUUGAUGGGGGGUUUAUGCCCCCUCCAUACGGGGGUGGUCCUAUGCACCCCCCCUUCAUGGGUUAUGGGAUGAACCCAAUGGACAUGGCAUUUGGACACGAUCCAUUUGGAGGGCCCGGUUGUAUGAUGCCCCCUCCUCCUUAUGGCCCCCCACCUCAGAGGGACCUUGCGGAGUUAGCUAUGGGAUUUAAUGCGGGCCCACCCAUUAUGAGCAGAGAGGAAUUUGAAGCUCGCAAAGCUGAUUUGAAGAGGAAGCGCGAAAUGGAGAGACAACGUGAUGGGAGGGAACUGUCUAAUAAUAAUGGUAGGGAAUACGGAAGAGAAGGAAGCAGUUCAGUCCAUGUUUCUUCGAGACCCAAACCUAAAUCUUCUCCUCCACCACCUUCCGGCGGCUACCGCCAGCGUCCGGAGAAUCAUUCACCGGAUCAUCGAUCUCGAGACCCUGAACUUCCAAGGCCGUCCUCCAAGAAGAAAUCUGAGUAUGAACAAGAAGACCACCACCACCGACGUGAGCAUCAUGAUGAAACCAACCGGCACCACCACCGCAGCAGCGGCAGCCACCAACGCCGCUCUAAGUCCCCAUCGGAAGAAGCAGCUCUCUCUGCAGCUGAAAGGAAACACAAGGCCAGUGUCUUUUCUCGCAUCAGUUUCCCAGGGAAUGACUCAUCAGCUCCCAAGAGAAGAAAGCUCUCGUCUGAUUCUCAACCGCCCGCUGCCGCCAGUGGUGGCGGCUCAUCAAGUCAUAGGGCGACAGCCGCCCUCUCUAAUGGUCACCACCAUGACGACCACAAGGCAGUGUCAGCCUCGAGAAAGAGCAGUGCAGCCGCAGCCAUAGCCGCUGCCGCCGUGGAUAAUGACAGCAGUGACGAUGAAAGGCAUUUCAAGAGGCGGCCUUCGAGGUACAACUCGUCGCCUCCGGCAGCUGCCGCUGCGGAGGAGGAGCACCGCCACUCAAGGGGGUCGAGGGAUAGGGAGCGUGAAAGGGAUCGUGGAGGUUAUAGCAAGCACAGGUGAACUCUUUAGGGCGAGAGAAAUUUGCAAAGCCAGUCUUAAGGCAGGCGGUGGAUUUGACAUGUCGGAGUGAGGCGGCAGGCGGUAGUUGUCAGGCUGUGUAAUGGUUAAGGGAGCUGCUAUGCUAUUCAGUUGUAUUUUAGCUCCACAUUUGCCUCUUUUCUUUUUUCAUGUAAUAAUGAAGGGUGAUGAUGAUAUGACAAAUUAUUUUAUUGCUUAAAUUAAUGAAAUCGGCAUUUUGAUUGUCAAGAA